GUAUGCUUUACAAACUCUCUCUCUCUCUCGCUCUUCUUUACUGUUUCGGAAAGCUCCGCCGGCUCGCGUUCCACCCUCUCCGCCGUCCCAGUCUCUCAUGCCCAGGCGAAAGAAAUCCAGGAAAUCCCUUCCAAACCCUAACCCUAGCACCAUGCUCCAAGACGCUCAAGAAGAAACCAUAUCUAUCCAGCCCGUCGGAGAAAUUGAAGUCGACGGAGAAGAUGAAGAUCGACCCAUGAUCGAAGCCCCUGAAGCCUCUCUUGAAGAGAUCCCUCCCUCCUCUCCCGUAUCCGAUGCCGUCGUCGUCCCCGAUGUGCCGCUUCCGAACCCUCCCCCUACUUCUCGGAAACCUAACGCCGGAGGCAAGCGCAAGAAGCCUUUUCACUGUGGAAAGAAGCGGCUUGCCGAGAUUGAAGAGAAGCUGGAGCUUCUCCGCGGUAACUUCCGCCCUAUCCCCUUUUCCCCGCCGGCUAAAGUUCCCGAUUUUGCGAAGCACGAACGACUUUUCCGAGCUCUUGGUCUUUGGGACUUCGCCCACCUCGAUCUUGACCGCGAAAUCCGAUCCGAUCUUCUGAUCCUUUUGAUCGCCGGGUAUGACCCUCCCAAUCGGCGUAGCUUCGUCGGUAAGAUGCGGGUCUCGGUCAGCCGUGCAGACCUCGCUCGGGCACUUGGUUUGCCGGUUAAGAAGGACAAGGCGGAGCUUGAUCCUGAGGUUGUUUCUGGUGAGGAACCCGCUGCGGUGGUCCUUGAUUUCAUCUCAAGUUGGAUGCUUUUUCAGGAUGAGGACAAUCCGGCAUGGAUCCUGCCCAAGGAGGUUGUGGCAGCGACACAGAUGGUGAAGGAAGGGCAGCCUCACAAGGUGGAUUGGGCGGGGUUGAUGUGGAUUCUGGUGGAGAAGGAGAUGUUGGAAGCUCCAAAGUCUGGCAAGUGUUUUUAUGCGUCACAUUUGCAGUGUUUGAUGAAACACCAAAAACGGAGCCUUUUCGAGGAGGCAGAGCUGGAGCCUGAGCCAGAUAUGGAGGUGGAGGUGGACAUGGAGCCUGAGCAAGAGCAGGAGCCAUCUUUGGAGGCCGUUGCUUUGGAAGGUGGUGAUGAUGAUGAUGUUGGAGACGGAGGGAUAAUGAAGACGAGGAGUUUGGAUGAAUUUCAAGAUAAUGGUGCGGAAGGUCAGGGCCCAGGGUUGAGUCUCGGUCUUGGUGCGACAGGUGGUGAUGGUAUGGAUGGCGUCGAGUCUUGUAAGGAGGAGCAGGAGGAGCAGGAGGUGCAAGAGGAGCAGUGGAUUGACAAAGAGAAGAGUUCUGGGCUAGAGCAUUGUUUGCAGCCAUGCAGUAUGAGUGUUGAGAGGAACAUAGAAUGUGAGAAUUUGAUCAAAGAUGGAAGUGAUGGAUUGUUAAGGGAGGAGGAUAGGUAUGAUAAUGAAUUAACAGAGAAAUUCUCUUCUCUGGAAAGGUAUGCCUCAACUGACCUCCUCCAAAGUAUGGAUACAGUGAAUAUUUCAUAUAGUCCACCAAGGCACCACCUUGACCAAUCUUCAGGGGAUUUCUUAGCUAUGAGGUCUGAUUCUGAUAAGAACAUGGCAAUGGCUCAUGAUCCAAGUAGUUCGCUUUUGUUUGGUAAUGGCUGCAAGAGAGGAAUUGCUGACAUUGCUGAUGGUGGUGUUGAUGAGGAAGAUAGCCUUCAAGAGUUCCCUCAAGGCAAUCAGCGGAAGAGGAUGUGUAGCGUGGAUCCCUGGGAACACACUCAAUCACCUUACGAUGCAUGUAUGGAGCAGGUGCAGUGUUGGAUGGGUAAGGCCAAGAUGCUUCAUGCUGAGAAAGAGCAAGGGUAUAAAAGUGCCCAGUUAGAGCUGCAGUAUUUGAAUGCUGUGCUGCAGCAGAAGGAUCAGAUCAUCCAAUCCCUAGAGAAAACGAGGAUGGAGGAGCAGCAGAAGAGACACUUGGAAUUCUGUCGGUUUGAGCAUGAGCUCAAACUUAUGGCACAUUUGCUGGUUGGUUAUAAGAAGGCGUUGAGGGAAAUCCGUGCUGCGUUUGCUGACUUUAGAAAACAAGUUUCAGGGGAUGACGAGUCUCUUUACAAGGAUGUUCCUGGGUCUGGCGGUUUGGUUCUUAGUAGCAGGGAGUUGGAUAGGCAGCGCCAUGAGAAAGAGGAGGAGAUGCGUCACCUUGCUGUGGGGAUGAUCAAUGAUUUUCAAAAGGAAUGGUUUGCAAAGUUCGAUGAGUUUGCAGAUUGGGUUGUGAAGUCUGCUUCUAAAUUGGUUCAUCUUGCUGAUGAAGUCAAAUUACUAAAAGAAAGAUUCGAAGAAUCCAAGGGUUUAAGUAAUUGACUAGUAAGUCCUGCGAACAUUACUAGAUAGGAUCUUUAAUGCUUAUGGUAGGAUAGCUUUUCUAUGGUCUCUCAUGCAAUGUGCACUUACUUUCAUGUAUUUUGUUAUGUUGAGGGAUGCACUGAUGGUCGCUCUAUAUUUUGUUAUGUUUUGCACAUUGCAUUCCCCGUAGAUUGUAGAUUAUCUUAUCUGACUAAGGUAAUGAAUUUGGUGAAGUUAUUUUUAUGAACUUGUUGGACAUGUAUUGAAUUGCUGUUUUUGUGUC